AUGCCGUCCCCGGCCCGCACGGGUGCCGGGCGAGCUUCCCUCCCUGCCGUGGCCGUGUCCACCUCGUCCUCCUCUUCUGCCAUCAAGGCCAGGCCAGGCAUGCUCUGGGACCCUCUGCAGGCGAUUGAAGGCACCUACAUCGACAAGAAGUGUCCCUUCACUGGUAAUGUCUCCAUCCGUGGCCGAAUCCUGUCAGGCGUGGUUACCAAGAUGAAGAUGCAGCGCACCAUCGUCAUCCGUCGGGACUACCUGCAUUACAUCCGCAAGUACAACCGCUUCGAAAAGCGCCACAAGAACAUGUCGGUGCAUCUCUCCCCCUGUUUCAGGGAUGUCCAGAUCGGGGACAUCGUCACCGUGGGUGAGUGUCGUCCCCUCAGCAAGACAGUCCGCUUCAACGUCCUCAAAGUCACAAAGGCUGCUGGUACCAAGAAGCAAUUCCAGAAGUUUUAAGAACAGCAUAUGGAAGAUAUGCGGGACAAAUAAAACUUUUCUAAAAACGUACCCUGUGUGUGUUAAUCUGAAAUAAAUAGCAU